AUGUCGCAGCCAGUCUCGGCCCUGACUUCGGCCUCAGGCCCCGAGAAACACGCGAGAUCUCGCGCCCCCAAGGAAACACCAACAGCCAACCACACCACCAAACCGCGCAGCUGCGUCAUAUGUCGCAGUCGAAAGGUGCGCUGUGAUAAAUUAUCGCCAUGUUCAAAUUGUCGUCGGGCAAAUAUCGCGUGUGUCUUUCCGGCAAAAGAUCGCUCGCCACGAUGGGCACGCCGUCUCGAUCGGCUCGGCAACACUGCGGUGUCGAAUCCGCAGGCAUCGCAGGACGUCAUGGAAAGAGUUCGAGAUCUUGAGAAUCUCGUCAAGGAGCUUAAUGGACAGCUCGAACAGGCCAACAGAGGAGGUCAUUCUGCUAGGUCGUCACUCACCUCGCCUGGGAGCUCCACGCACCAGGAAGGAGCAUCGUCGAGUGCACGCCAUGGACAGAACCAGUUUGGGCGGCUGGUUCCUGAAGAUCCCAGUCGAAGUCGCUAUGUUAGCAGCGGCUUCUGGUCUCGGGUUAAUGAUGAACUAGAUGGAUUGAAGACGGAUACCGAUGGUGCUUCGCCGGAGGAUUUAGAUACAUCGGAUGAGACAUCGCUUGGAAAGACGCCAUCUACUCAGGAACUGAACCGAACGCCUUCAGAGCGCCAUGCCUUCUUAUUUGGACACAACUUGAGUUCUUCGACUGUUGACCUUAAAGCACUUCGUCCAUUACCAUCCCAGAUAUCCUACCUUCUGGACGUGUUUGCGGAGAACGUCAACAUCAUCACCCAGGUGGUUCAUCUUCCCACCGUGAAGAAGAUGGUCCGUGGUAUGCGUGGCAGAGACAUGAGUCUUAGCCCAGCCAACGACGCUUUACUAUUCUCCAUCUACUACGCGGCCAUAACAUCCAUGGAGGAAGACGAUGUCAUCGCCGACUUUGGUUCCGCCAAAACAGAGCUCAAUCUCAGAUAUCGUCUCGGUCUAGAGCAUGCUCUGGCAAGGGCCGAUUUCCUCGCCAAACCAGAUCUAGUACUGGUACAAGCAUUCUCCAUCUUUCUCCUCCUCGCUCGCCGGCACGAUAGUCCACAGUUCGUAUGGAUGAUGACUGGAUUAGCCAUCCGCAUGGGUCAGUCUAUUGGACUACAUCACGAUAGUGCUCAUUUCGACCAUCUAACCCCAUAUGAGAUUGAAAUGCGACGGAGGGUCUGGUGGGUUUUGUGCAUGCUAGAUGGGAGAGCAUCAGAAGACCAGGGAACGGAGUGCACCAUCCCACUCGGUAGCUUCGAUACAAAAAUUCCCCUGAAUAUCAACGACGGCGAUAUCGGGUCAGACUCAAAAGAGAUGCCUCGAGAACGUGAGGGCUUAACGGACAUGUCGUUUGCGCGCGUGUCAAUUGCCAUGUGCGAUGCUGCGAGGCAGAUGACUACGGCUCACAGUUUCCAGGUCAAGACCCCAAGUCCAGAAGACCAAAGCCGUCUGCUGGUCGAGAUCGACCAGCGUCUCCAGCAGAGCUUUCUUCAAUAUUCUAAUGACCCGGAAAACAUCACAUACUGGGUCCUCGCGACAGUUUCCCAGCUUGUGAUGUCCAAAAUGAACCUUCUCAUCUAUCUUCCCGUUCUCUUUUCCUCUCCAAGCGAACACUUUUCAGCCGAUCUCCGGACCAAGCUUCUAGUGUCGGCCAUCGAGGUAGCCGAGUACAACCAUGCCCUGAACGCAGAGGAGUCCUGUCGUCAGUGGCGCUGGUUGUUUCAGACUUACACCCACUGGCAUGCAGUUGUCUACAUUCUGAUUGAAAUUUCUCGGCGUCCAUGGUCGCCUAUCGUCGAGAGGGCCUGGAUAGCCCUCCAUAGCAUCUGGUUGAUCCCGAACCGAUUUCUUCACACCAACAAGAACCCGCAGAUCUGGUUUCCCCUGCGAAGGCUGAUGGCCAAGGCAAAGAAGCAUCGUCGGACCGAGCUUGAGCGACUCAGUAGUGACAUGGAAAUUGCCGAACAGCUCAGAAUAGAGGAUGAGAAGAUACCUCUACCCUCAAGCUCAGGACUGUUUCCAGAGGGGCCCGAUACUGCUGGUAUCUAUCUCCGCAGAUGGAGUCACCUGGUAACGAUUUCGAAUGCACCCGAUGUUACCAAUCCACCUGGGCCUUCUACUUAUGCAACCCAGCCAAGCAAAAGUUCCAUCCUUGAACAUAAUGAAGGCGCUGCUAGACCUCCAUCGGAUGGGAAUUCUUCAAGCACAGACCUUGGACAAGCUCUUGAACCGGAUAAUAGUCCAUUCUUCCCCACGUUCCAGGGAAACGCCACUUCCAUUGACCAUUUGCUGUGCGCUGAGGCUUACCCGGCCCUUGAUCCUUUCGGAAAUGUGACUGCAACUCCAAGUGACAUCAAUAUGGAUCUUGAUGGCAACGUAAACUGGUAUGAUUGGGUCGAGUCUGCUAGAGGGGUGGAGCUUGCACCUAACUCCGAGUAA